AUGGACAACAAAAAUUGGCAUCAUCUACGCGGCGUUACACUGGCUGAUCCCGGUUUCGGUACACCUUCCCGAGUGGAUCUUAUACUCGGCGCGGACGUUUGUGGAGCUCUCUUCCUGGACCAAACUCGAAGCGGACAGCCAGGUACCCCAGUGGGAAAAUUAACGCCUUUCGGUUGGGUUUUACUAGGUCCCACCUCCAGACGCCAGGCUGGGAUUGGUUCUGUCGCUCGGACGUAUCAUUGUCAUUGCGACGACACCACGGAACAACUACUCCAACGAUUUUGGGAGGUGGAGGAACUUCCCAAUCGAUCGCCCUUGUCGCCCGAGGAGGAGAAUUGCGAACGCCAUUUCAAGGACACGCACUCCCGAGAUGAAAGCGGUCGGUACUGCGUACGCUUACCUUUCAAGCAGGAUCCCAGCAGCGCUUUGACGUCGACGCGAGCUAUGGCUUUAAAAUUCCUGUUGAGCUGCGAGCGUCGAUUGGCCUCCAACUCCCAACUGGCGGAGGGUUAUCGGGCCUUUAUGGGGGAAUACCUCGACCUCGACCACAUGGAGCCCGUCAUGGAUUUAGAGAAGAAGACCAACGCCUAUUACCUGCCGCAUCACGCCGUGGUGAAGCGCCACGACCCUUCGGCCAAGCUGCGCGUCGUCUUCAACGCCUCAUUUCCAACAUCUACGGGAAAUUCUCUAAAUGACUGUUUGUGCACGGGCCCGAAACUUCAAGCGGAUCUGUGGCUC